CUGACAAUGGCAAGCAAAGCGAAAAACUCAGAUGUAAAGGUCCUCAAAGGUCAAGAAGCCGAAGAUGCAAUAUUGCAAUAUCUGAAAAGAAUGAACCGUCCAUUUGGUGCUGUAGAUGUUUCUGCCAACCUGAAAGGCGCAGUGCCGAAGGCUGCAACGCAGAAGAUCCUCGUCGCUCUAGCGGAAAAGGGGGAGAUCGUACAGAAAACAUAUGGGAAAACGAGCUUCUUCGUCGCCAAUCAGGCCAGCAUCGACGCGGUUCCUGCUGACAAACUUACAGAACUUGAGGUCGAGUGCAAGACGGUCGAGGACAGUAACAACGUACUUGCGGUAGAGGUGAAGGCUAUAACAGCAGAACUGUCAAAACUCAAAAAUUGUCCAACGGACGAAGAACUCGAGGCGCAGAUUGCGAGCACGAAAAAGGGGAUAAUGCAACUCACCGACAGACUCGUCCCGCUUCGCUCUGGUGCACCGCUCAUUUCUGCUGAGGAACUCGUCAAGAUCGAUGCCGACUGGGCAAGAUGGCGAGCGGAAUGGAUUCGCCGAAGAAAAGUCUUCAUGACUUUUUGGCAGCUUGCGACAGAUUCACUCCCACCCCAAGAGGCCGAGAUGCUCCUCGAAGAUCUAGGGAUCGAGUUCGAUACUACAGAACACAAGACACUCGAGAAGGGACCGUUGUGUGCUGUACAGGUUACAAACGCUCGUAGUAACCUCAAGAGGAAGCGAGAAUAGUCGAUCAUCCCAGCGUCUUGUACACCUGUCCGUUUAUUCAUG